GUUCGGUUAUGUGACGGUCGCUGAUGGUUUUCAAACGGUUAAACCGCACAUACCGGAGCUUUAGCGUAAAUAUGUAGGUGUAAAACAAAGAUGAGCCCUCUGUCCGCGGUGUAUUCUUCACCGUAACCGCACGACGCUUUCUGUUCUUUUAUCCGGAUUAAAUGGAGGCAGCAGCGAGGCCGGCCGAGGCCGGAGGAAGCUCGUUUUCAGCCGGGGCCGCGGUGACCGAGGAGACGGAGACCGUCAUUGGAGUCGGAUUCGGGAUGGAGGACAUUGCUGCUAAGAAGAUCUUUGUAUCAGAGAUUGCCUCGGCAUCCUACCCUUUAGGCUCUGGUCCCGAGAAGAAAAUAGGCCAUAGAAGAGUGGAUGCAUCAGGAGAGACCACUUACAAAAAGACAACCUCCUCAGCCCUGAGAGGUGCCAUCCAGCUGGGCAUCGGCUACACAGUGGGCAACUUGAGCUCCAAGCCUGAGAGAGACGUGCUCAUGCAGGACUUCUAUGUGGUGGAGAGCAUCUUCUUUCCCAGUGAGGGCAGUAAUCUGACCCCAGCGCACCACUACCCAGACUUCAGGUUUAAAACCUACGCCCCUGUGGCAUUCCGCUACUUCAGAGAGCUCUUCGGAAUUCGACCGGAUGACUACCUGUACUCUUUGUGUAAUGAGCCACUGAUAGAGCUUUCAAACCCCGGGGCCAGUGGAUCCAUCUUCUACGUUACUCGCGAUGACGAAUUUAUCAUCAAAACUGUCCUGCACAAAGAGGCAGAGUUUCUGCAGAAACUACUUCCAGGGUAUUACAUGAAUCUGAACCAGAACCCCCGUACCCUCCUGCCCAAGUUCUUCGGCCUGUACUGCAUACAGUCUGGAGGAAAAAACAUUCGGAUUGUGGUGAUGAACAACGUCCUGCCACGAGUCUUCCGCAUGCACCUUAAAUUCGACCUGAAGGGCUCCACAUACAAGCGCCGAGCAUCGAAGAAGGAGCGAGAGAAAUCCAAGCCUACCUUCAAAGACCUGGACUUUAUGCAGGAUGUACCAGAUGGAUUACUGCUGGACACAGACAUGUACAGCGCUCUGGUGAAGACUCUGCAGAGAGACUGUCUGGUGUUAGAAAGCUUUAAGAUUAUGGACUACAGCUUGCUCCUGGGCGUCCACAAUGUGGACCAGGCCGAGCGGGACCAGCAGACUGAGGGUUCUCAGAGCAGCAGCGAUGAAAAGAAACCAGCAGUCCAGCGAGCACUUUAUUCCACUGCCAUGGAGUCCAUUCAGGGAGGAGCCACUUGCGGAGACUCCAUCGACACAGACGAUACAAUGGGAGGGAUUCCAGCAGUCAGUGGGAAAGGCGAUAGACUACUGCUUUUUAUUGGCAUCAUAGAUAUCCUGCAGUCUUACAGACUCAUUAAGAAGCUGGAGCACACAUGGAAAGCUCUGGUUUAUGAUGGAGACACAGUGUCCGUGCACAGGCCAAACUUCUAUGCUGACAGGUUCUUCAAGUUCAUGAGUUCAACAGUGUUCAGGAAGAGCUCAUCACUUAAAUCCUCUCCCUCUAAAAGAGGCCGCGGUGCUUUGACUGUGCCCAGAAACAGUGGACCUGGGGCAGCCUGGUCAGCUGGCCAGCUGCCCUCUGAUGGAGACCACAACAUCUAUGACCUGAGAGGAGCUCACAGCUUCCCAGUGCUGGAGAAUGAUGGUCUGCAGCCCUGCACUCCUCCAUCAUUUGAGGAAGCGACCACGGCCUCGGUUGCCACUACGCUGUCGUCCAACACAUCCAUAUCAAUCCCAGAGAGAUCCCCCUCUGACACAGCAGAGCACCCCCGUUACAGGAGGCAAACCAUGAGUUUUAAAGAGAGCAAUGGAAGGGUGGUUGAUGUUCAUGAGGAGGACCAAAAGACUAUCAGGGUACAGGUGGAGGUGAAGAGAGAAGAGGAGAAGGAUGUGGAGGCAGAGACAAUAAAAGAGGAGAGGACCGGGGAGCAGGUUCAACAGGAGCCCACAAAGAGCAGUGUGUCUGAAGAAGCUGAGGUUGCGUCCUCACUAGAAAUCCGUGAGACUGCGAUCUUGGAUGACGUGAUCCUGGACACAGCUGACCCUCCAGAGCCUGAAGCUCCCCCUCAGUCCACAUCGACACCAACAAAUGUCCUUCUGAAAGCAGUCGACCCGGAAACAUCUGCAGAGGCAGCAGCGGCUUCAGAGUCAGCAGCUCCAGAGCCGCAGGGUCCUGGCAACGGGCUCAGCAGACAGCAGUCAGAAUCCCUCAGCCAGGGCUCUGUGGAAGAAGAGGUGCCAGUCACAGAUAUCUACUUUUAUGCAGAGGGGAGGUACUGGGUUUAUUCCCCCAUUUCCCAUCGACGCAAGCUCAACUCAAGCCAAGAGCAUUUUCCUCCAGAGGACAAGAGCUGGGUUUAUUCCCCCCUGCACAAGCCCUCCGAAUCUCAAGCCAUUUCUGAUGGAGAAAGCGAGGCAUAAACUCUAUGCAGUUUGGGUUCAGGUGUGAUGUUAUGCUGGCGCUACUUUGUCCUGUUGGAUUUUAGGCAGCAUCAUCGGUGUCCCAUACUCCCUGUUUCAGGGACCCUGCUUUGCGAAGCAUCAUGGGAACAGAGACUGAAAUAGUCCAAAAUAAAUAAGGGAAAAAGUGCAGCUCAUGAAA